AUGGUCGCGACAGCCUUGGCCGGGCCACCUCCGGUGAAGCGUCGGGUGGAGCUGCCCCAGGGCGUGGUCGUCUCAGUCUUGCAAGAAGGCGAUGGACAGCACUUCCCACAGAAGUUGGUUGUUGCCCAUGUGGUGGGACGCUUGCCCAGCGGCUGCGUUUUUGAAAGCACGGAGGGCAAAGGCCAAGCACCCAUGACGAUGCUCCUGGGCAAGAAGGCCAUUAUUCCAGGUAUGGAGCUGGGACUGAGAGAGUUGUCACUGGGCUCCAUUGCUGAGAUCCAUAUCCCUGCAGAUCUGGGGUAUGGGGUCAACGGGGUGCCACACAUCGUGCCGCCGAGCAGCAACCUCCUUUUUGAGGUGCAAAUACUGGAAGUCGAUGGCACCCAGUCGGCCACGCAGAGCUUGCAGAGUGCACUGCCGACGGAGGCGAAAGACGACUCAGGUUGCUUGAAGCUUCCUUGGUGGCUGGCUCGAGUGGAGUCUUUGCCGCCCUCUCAGUACUAUCUCAACUUCUGUCGCGAGACUGCCGCUGGCCACGUGCCACCCUUGCUGGAGUCGGCGCGGAGCAUUGCGCGAAGAAGCAGCACCGAGUUCGACUGCUUCGAUGUCGGGAAAGCCUCGGAGCCUUUCAUCGUGGUGGACAUGCAGGAAGGCUGGCCUGCACAAGACACAUGGGACCUCUCGUGGCUCGCGGAAAAGUUGGGUCACACUCGCCAGCUCGUCAAGUGGCUCGGGCCCAUCUUCACUCGCCAGGAAAAUCUUUGGGAAGCGCCGGUAUACGAAACUUCUCUCAGUGAGUAUGCUGAAUAUGUUCGCGAGUUGGAGAGAUUAGAUCCAGAUUGCAAAGACGAGAAUGCGGCAAGCUGUCCCAGACUCUACUUGAACGGUUGGCCGGCUUUUGCUCAGCUACCAUGGCUUCGGAGUUAUGUGGUUCCUGGGGGUGAGGGGAUCGCGGAUGCGGCCGCUUCUGCGGAUAUGAUCCUGGAGGAUCUCAACUCUUUGCUGAUUCGAGAAUCGGAGGCCCUGCGAGAGUCGCUCCUCGAGGGGCUCACGGCUCGUGGCAGUUAUCAGCCGCCUGAUGCAGAAGAACAGAAGCAAAAGCUGCAGAAUGAGGACUGGGACUUGACAAAAGUCUUCGUUUCACCAAAGGGUGCCAUCACGAGGCUGCACUUUGACAACGGUGGUGCGCAUGCCUGGCUUUCUCAGAUGGAAGGCCGAAAAAUGUUUGUGCGCUGGACUGAGGGUGCGGUGCGCACUUUGAUUCUGAUGCAGUCAGACUGGCACGCCUACUUCCUGUGCUUGCUGUUGGGUGCCAUCCUCGUCCGUGCUCGAGUGCAGGGCCGCGCGGGCGCGGCCGGUCAGCGUGCGCAGCAUGUGUGGCUCCUCGGGGUCGGAGUGGCCGGAGCAGCCGUGAGCAGGCAUGGUCUCCAACCAGUUGCUUUCGAAGCUCCCGUCGAUCGAGCCGCACUGAUCUACAAGAUUCAGCAGGGUGACGUCGCUGCGGUACUGAAAGCUCUGGCAGGCGGCAUCGGCGGCAUCGAUGAGCCGUUGACCUCCAUCGGCCAGACGGCUUUGCACAUUGCAUGUGCUGCUGGGACUCUGCCACUAGUAACUGCUUUACUUAAAGCUGGGGCAAACGCAAGCGCCAGAGACAGGACAGGUGCGUCCUGUGUGGCUUUGGCAAGCACGGCCGGACACGCACAUGUGCUGGAAAAGCUGCUGGAGGUGGAGGACAUCGCCCUCGAAACGUACGAUGUGGCUGGGCUAACGCCCCUACACAAGGCGGUUGGCUUUGGGCAUCCUGGAUGCCUGCGCCGUCUCCUGGAAAAUGGACGGAUGGAUCCCAACAUCUGCACCGGUGAGGUGACAAUCCCUGCGGAGUUUGAGCCUGCCCCCUCCAGGUACGAAACGGCGCUCCAUGUCGCGUCCAGACUGUUGACCAGGGCCAUCAACAGCGACGGUGCAGGGUCCUCCGAGCAGCAGCAGGAACAGCAGCGAGAGAUCAUGCAGAUCUUGGUGAACUAUAGAGCAGAUCCCACAGCCAAGGACAUCAAUGGAGACACGCCUUUGCAUUUCUGCGCGCGCAAUGGUGAUUCGUGGGGCCUGGCGCUUCUUCUGGCAAAUACUGUGGAGCCGACGGAGGCAUUGCGCAUUCGCAACAAAGAGGGCCGGGAUGUCUGGAACUACAUAACAUCUCCCUUCCUGAAGCUCCAAGUGGCACUGAAGACGGCUUGGAUCCUUGUGAGGAUUUCACAGUCACUCAAAGCUGCAGGCGAUGGGGAGCACCUGCAUCCCUUCGAAGGCGACGAGGGUCUCAUGAAUGGCUCGUGGCUGGAUCCGUUGGACCCGGAUGUCUUCGAGAAGUGGCCCGACGCGCGACGUGCCACGCCGUACACGGCUGUGGUGGAGCGGGGUGAGACAAUAGUGGCGCCGAAAGGCUGGUGGCACUAUGCCGUGUCGCUAGACACCUCGGUGACGAUUAUGAGGAAUUUCUACAGCACGAGCAAUCAGUGGGACCUGAUCCAGCGCAAGGAUAGUGGGCUGGCAAGUGCUAUUGCAACACAUGUUCUCCGGAAACAGCCGAAGCUCAAGAAUCAGCCCGACUCGGUCAUAAACGACAUCGCGACCAAGACAGUUCACAAGCUUCGUGAAACCUUCAUCGAGAAUCGCCGGAAAGCGGCACAGUAA